AUGCCCCCACUGCGUAGCUCCGCAGCGAUACGCAAGCGCUCGUCUUGCACCAGGACAGUGACAGGAUGCCUGACUUGUCGCCAGCGACGCGUCAAAUGCGACGGGGCUGCUGCUCCCUGCGCCAACUGCCGUCGCCUGAGUAUCAAGUGCAUUCCUUCAUUCAGCUCGAAUUUUCGUACCUGGGCAACUUCCUCCCACGAUGCGCCGAGCUCUCCAACCCUCCAGCCGCCCGAAGCCCCCAUCCCUCACAGCCUUUGCGCACCCGACGCGCCGUUCGAGAUCUGCGCAGGCACGGAAAAGGAUCCCGUAGGAGGAGGAACCGUGGAUGGACACCCUUCAGCUAUUUUGAGCGGGGAAGAAUGGUCAAUGACAACCGAUGGUCUGGAAGGCCCGCUCUGCUCGACUCCCAGCCCUUGCUGUGCGAGCUCGGUGCGUGUCGAUGGCGACGAACUGGACAUGCUUUGUGGCAUUGGACUCACAACAAAAAAUAUUCAGCCUCUCCACAACACUAUUGAAGAGUAUGAUGCCAUUCUUCAGAUGCGAAACGGACUUAUUGAGUUUCCUUUCGUCGGCUGCUCGGACAGUGCCGCGGGUCAGCAUACCACGCCUCCCUCCUCUCUGUCAAUUAGCGACUUUCGGGACAGGGAUCGACUCGCGGAACAUUACAACGGGCACCUCAUCGGGUUCCUCAGCGUGAAAACGACCACAUGGAACUUUUAUUCCUACAUUCUCCAGAAGGUGCAAAAGGGUCCAGAUUCGACACUCAAACAUGGCGUUCUCGCUUGGGCCGAGUCUCACAGAUCUUGGUCCCGACGACCGGCGGCGGCAUGCCCUGGUCCCCACUACCUCAAAGCCGAUGCGUGUUUGAGACAACUCCAGGAAGAGCUCGCAGGCCUGCCGACCGAUAUGAUGUCUGGCUAUAGCGUUCUGGACAAGCUCAACUCACUGCUCGCAACGUCACUUUUCCUCUCCCAUUGCGACGUGAUGUACGGAGACCACGAGUCACUGAUCAGCAGACUGGAUAGUCUCAAACGGUACUUGACGCCAAGAUGGCAUUCUCUGAUGGAGAUUGCCACAGGUGUGCAGCUACGAGUACUCAUCUGGCUGGCAUAUCUGGACUUGCGAGCGACUUUAUGGACCGUACCGUCCGCCUCUUCGCAGCCAACGGACUACGCUCCGCGGGACCGAGUCGGUGACUUGUUCGAUCUGCUCAGGGGCAGCCGAACGGAUGACUCUGUGAGGCAACUAAAAGACAGCAAGUACUACUUGGUUGAAUGCUUCGAACCCUGGAAGCUCUUAUCUGACGACGCCAUGAUCCUGUUCUGCGAUAUCAAGGCAUUCUACGGGUGGUGUCAUCAGCUCACUUUAGCCCGAAAGCCCCAUGGAUUGUACGACGAACUUCGAGAAGCCAAAAUUCGGGCGCUCAGAUCAGACAUUGCGAGGAUCCGCGCAGAAUGCAAUCAAAUCCACAGUGAGGAGUUGCAGGCAGGGCAUGGGUUUGACUACGCCGCCCGCGUUCAGUCACACUUCCUUAGGUGCACGUGCCUUCAUCUCAGUGCUACGAUCCUGUUAAAUCGGAUUAAUAACCCAGAUGUGCCAACCGAUUCCGAGUCCCAGGAGGCCGCAAGGGAGAUCAUUCAGAUAACCCAGCAGCUGAAGAAGGCAGGGGACUUGCGAUUCCCACGAAGCAUUGCGUGGCCACUGCCCCUGUUUCUCGCGGGAAUUGAGGUCGAGGACGAAGUCUACCAAGAUUGGGUGUUGGCCUUUAUGGAAGGGCUCUCGGAAUGGGGAGGGAGUGUCAUGAAGGCAACGGCACUUUUAAGGCAAAUAAUGGACAAGCAGGCCGUGGAGGGUGUGAGAAUCAGUCCGUGGCACGCUAUGAUGGAGCUUGGGGAGACUAUAAUAGUGUAA